CGUAUCAAGAGAGAGGAGGGAAGAGAGUAAUCGAAAUAAUAGAUAUUACAUUUUAUUAGACAUACAAGAGAUGCUAGCGAAUGACGAGGACGAUACAUUUCUAAUUGAGUGUAUCGAGCAAUUUGAAAACUGUAUUCCAACCACGAGCCCUAACAAUAACGAAUUAAUCGGUGAAAAUAGCAUCACUGAUAACACUGCUAACACUGCAGAUAUUACGGAUAAUACUGGUAUGAUUAAUGAGGAAAACAAACACGAUAUAAAUAAUGAUCGUGACAACUCUAAUGAAUUUUUAAUGGAGGGUGGAGGAUGGCUGUGGCAGGAAUUUCUAAAACUUCCUCAACCAACGGCGUUAGAAACAAUACAGAGUGGUUACGUUAAUGAAAAACCAUUUGACGCUGUACAAGAUGUCGGCUUAAUUAAUAACGCCGUUUGCGCUGAUAAUAAUAAUGAGUUUCCGCGGUUUUCUCAGGAACUAUCGUUGGAAAUGGAACGGGACGUUGAUGCUAUACAGAGUAUCUCUAUGGUUAGACCCGUGACAAUAACAGACAAAUCGUUGGAAAUGGUGCAGAACGAUGAUAUACAAGGCACCUCUUUAGUGGAGUCUACGACAAUAACAGACGAGGUCACCGAUACUAAUAACGGGUCUGUACCUGUGAGUCAUACGACGGAGGUCGUAAACUCGUUUAAACACCUUGAAGAUUAA